AUGAUCAAUGACCUGCUACCUGAGCUCAAAGAUAAAAGUAUUUCGAAUCUACUGCGGCCACUAAGAGACCUGAUCACCGAUGGCGAUGACCUGUUAGUUGCAGAUGAAGUUCUUGCCAAAGUCGUUAUCAGUUGA